AUGUUUAAUCAAAAUUCUGGUAACGAUAAUUACAUUCCUCAAAACAUGAUUUAUCAUCACAUUCAUCAAAACUCCGGAGAAAUUUAUCAAAACAUUGUAAUUGUAAUUGGUGACAAUAAUAAUCCCGUUCACCAAAACACAUUUCAUAAUACGAUUUAUCAAAAUCACGAGGACGUUUAUCAACAUGUCAGUGACAAUAAUUACGAUCAUCAAAACAUGGUUCAUAAUAAUCCCAUUCGCCAAAACACAGGAGAAAUUUAUCAAGACGUCGGUAACAAUAAUUCCGUUCACCAAAACAUGACUCAUAAUACAAUUUAUCAAAACCCUGAAAACACCUAUCAAAAUGUCGAUGACAAUGAUUCCGUUUACCAAAACAUGAUUUAUAAUUAUCCUAUUUAUCAAAACCCUGGAGAAAUUUAUCAAAACGUUGGUAAUAAUAAUUCCGUUCGUCAAGACAUGAUUCAUAACACAAUUCAUCAAACUCCUGAAGAUAUUCAUCAAAAUGUCAAUGACAAUAGUUACGAUCAUCAAAACAUGGUUCAUAAUAAUCCCAUUCGUCAAAACACUGGAGAAAUUUAUCAAGACGUCGGUGACAAUAAUUCCGUUCACCAAAAUAUGAUUCAUAAUACAAUUUAUCAAAACUCUGGAGAAAUUUAUCAAACCGUUGGUAAUAAUAAUUACGUUCAUCAUGACAUGAUUCAUAACACAAUUCAUCAAACUCUUGAAGAUAUUAAUAUUUAUCAAAAUGUCGACGACAAUAAUUCCGUUUAUCAAAACACUCAGAACAUUUGUCAAAGCGUUGGUGAGGAGAGUUACAUUCGUCAAAACAUGAUUUAUAAUCACCAAAAUAAUUUCGUUGCUGAACCGAACUCAGCUAAUAUUAUGAGCGUUAAUCAUCAGAAUUCU